UUUUUUUUUCUGGGUGCGGCGUGCGCGUCUCUGAGUGCGCGCGCCCUGGUGGUCACUGCAGGGCCCAUGUGUGCUGCAGACACAAGCACAGGUGCCCGCGUCUAGCCGGCACCCGUGUCUAGCAGGCACCCAUGUCGCGCGCACACGAUGGCAAGGUGGCACCUGUGCCCAGAUGCACGUGCGCCUCCGCUUGCGCGCAGCUGCCCUGCAAAACCCACUGAGCCCGAGGCCAGAAGCUCACCUCAACCUUCUGCCCUGGCCUCUACCAGCCACCAGUUGGGUACCCCAGCAGUCACUGCUCUGCGCUAUCCACGCUGGGGUCGUGUGGGUCCUUCCAGAUGCUUCCUUAGUGACCCCUGGUGACCUGAGGAGCCACGUAGGAGCCCGGCCUCCCCAGACUCCACCCAGGGUCAGAUUCCCAGGAAUGACCUUGAGUCACCGCCCCUGCCCACAGCCCAGGAAAGAGGAAGCUGCGGGCCCAGCUCCUGGCACCGUCCUCCCCACACACAACCCUGGCUGCCACCAGAGUCAUCAGAUCCCUACACUCCUGCCGCUAGGCCUCAGUUUCCCUUCCGGAGCAAUGGCAGGGCAAGGCUCCGGGGUCUCCUGGCUGGCCUUUGAUGGCUGGGAGUCUAAGGACCUUCCUCGGGUAAAGAUAACUUCCCAAAGCCUGGGCUGCAGAGGGGUCACUACCUAAGCCACCUGAGGGCUGCUCGAGGAGGUUCUUUGUCUCGUGGUGCUGCCUCCACCCGGCCAGGCCCAGCGGAAGGAAAUGAACCUGGGGACAUCUAAACAUCACACUGACUCCUCCACAGAGGCGCUGGGCCCCUGGGACUCAAUGUAUGACCAAGUGUGAGAACUCACGCCCCAAGCCUGGUGAGCUGGCCUUUCGGAAGGGCGACAUGGUGACCAUCUUGGAGGCCUGUGAGGAGAAGGGCUGGUACCGCGCCAAGCACCACGGCAGUGGGCAGGAGGGGUUGCUGGCGGCCACUGCUCUGCGCCAGCGGGAGGCCCUCUCUGCAGACCCCAAGCUCAGCCUCAUGCCAUGGUUCCACGGUAAGAUCUCGGGUCAGGAAGCCGUGCAGCAGCUGCAGCCCCCCGAGGACGGGCUGUUUCUCGUGCGAGAGUCGGCUCGUCACCCUGGAGACUAUGUCCUGUGUGUUAGUUUUGGCCGAGACGUCAUCCACUACCGUGUCCUGCAUCGAGACGGCCACCUCACCAUCGACGAGGCCGUGUGUUUCUGUAACCUGAUGGACAUGGUGGAGCACUACACCAAGGACAAGGGGGCCAUCUGCACCAAGCUGGUGAAGCCCAAGAGGAAACAGGGUGCCAAGUCAGCCGAGGAGGAGCUUGCAAAGGCUGGCUGGCUACUCGAUCUGCAGCACCUGACUCUGGGAGCACAGAUUGGAGAAGGGGAGUUCGGAGCCGUCCUGCAGGGUGAGUACCUGGGGCAGAAGGUGGCCGUGAAGAAUAUCAAGUGUGACGUCACAGCCCAGGCCUUCCUGGAUGAGACAGCUGUGAUGACAAAGCUGCAGCACAGGAACCUGGUACGGCUCCUAGGCGUGAUCCUGCACCACGGCUUGUACAUUGUCAUGGAGCACGUGAGCAAGGGCAACCUGGUGAACUUCCUGCGCACGCGGGGCCGCGCCCUCGUGGGCACAUCUCAGCUCCUGCAGUUUUCCCUACAUGUUGCUGAAGGCAUGGAGUACCUGGAAGGCAAGAAGCUGGUACACCGGGACCUGGCUGCUCGCAACAUCCUGGUCUCUGAGGACCUGGUGGCCAAAGUCAGUGACUUUGGCCUAGCCAAGGCUGAGCGGAAGGGACUGGACUCCAGCCGGCUGCCAGUCAAGUGGUCAGCACCCGAGGCUCUCAAGAAUGGGCGGUUUUCCAGCAAAUCGGACGUCUGGAGUUUUGGGGUGCUGCUGUGGGAAGUUUUCUCGUAUGGAAGAGCUCCGUACCCCAAAAUGUCGCUGAAGGAGGUCUCAGAGGCCGUGGAGAAGGGUUACCGCAUGGAGCCCCCCGACGGCUGCCCAGCCUCUGUGCACACCCUCAUGGGCAGCUGCUGGGAGGCCGAGCCUGCACGCAGACCUCCCUUCCGCAAAAUAGCAGAGAAGCUGGGCCGCGAGCUCCGCAGCGCGGGCACCGCAGCUCCCAUUGCAGGACAGGAAGUUGAGGGUUCAGCUCCCCCACGGAGCCAGGAUCCCUGACCCUGAAACAGGGAGCAAAAGGACACAGGUUCAUGGUCACGGCACCAGGAUGGGCCAGUGCGCAGGCUCCCAAGUCCCUGAACCCCCAAUAAAGAGUGAUCGGAAGGA